AGUCACCACAACCCUAAUUCCUUUUAUUUUUGUAUCUCCUCUGCCUUUUGCAUUGAACUCUCUCUCUCUCUCUUGAGGGUUUAUUUAGGGUUUAAGCAGAGGUGUCGCAAACAAUCGAAACCCACCCAAAUUUCUCUCUUUCCUCUACAGUUCUAGGGCUGGGACGAGAAAUGGGAGUAGACAAAGGGAAGAAGCAGAAAGUGGGAGAGGUGAAGGAAGAGAACGGCGGGACCGAGCACAUUGACAGAGAGCUCGUUCUCUCAAUCGAAAAGCUUCAGGAAAUUCAAGAUGAGCUUGAAAAGAUCAAUGAAGAAGCAAGUGAAAAAGUUUUGGAAGUGGAACAGAAGUACAAUAAGAUACGCAAGCCUGUCUAUGAUAAGCGAAAUGACAUCAUAAAAACCAUUCCUGACUUCUGGUUGACUGCGUUCAUGAGUCAUCCUGCUCUCAGUGAGCUUUUAACUGAAGAAGACCAAAAGAUUUUCAAGUAUUUAAGUAACCUGGAAGUGAAAGAUUGUGAAGAUGUCAAAUCUGGUUACUCCAUUGCAUUUCACUUCAAGCCCAAUCCUUAUUUUGAAGAUACUAGGCUCACAAAGACCUUUACCUUCCUCGAGGAGGGAACAACAAAAAUCACAGCAACAUCCAUAAAGUGGAAAGAAGGGAUGGGCAUUUCUAAUGGCGUAGCUGAAGAGAAGAAAGGAAACAAGCGAUCUCAUGCUGAGGAAAGCUUCUUUUCGUGGUUUAGUGACACCCAGCAUAGUGGUGAUAUUGAUGAGAUUCAGGAUGAGCAGGUUGCUGAAAUCAUCAAGGAUGAUUUGUGGCCAAAUCCUCUCACAUAUUUUAACAAUGAGGCUGAUGAAGAGGAAUUUGAAAUGGUGGAUGAGGAUGAUGAGGACAAAGAUAGUGAUGGAUCUGAAAAUGAUGAUGAUCAGGAUGACGAAGAUGAUGAUGGCGAAGAAGAUUAAACAAGUGAGGCUACAGAACUCUUUCAGAAAGUUAACUAUCAUGGUUUUUUCUCCACUAUCAACAGUGUCUGUAAACAGGUUAGAGGUUUCUGAGAGGAAUAGAGUUGAAAACUAUCGACUUUGUUUAAACCCUAGUCGUCUUGCUGAACUUUCGUACUGUCUGUCCCCCCUUAGAAGUCCUAUAUUAGUUUCCUGUUUUUCAUGGGGUUGUCGAAAUGGGAUGUCUCGUGUCGACUGAGACGCGUUUAGUCAAUAUUGCUAUGGCCAUUCAGAAUAUAGCUAACUUAUUAUCUUUUAGUGUAAAGCUGGUUUUGGGUCCUA